CGAAUAAAAUUACACAUUUGAAUAACAUACGCAGAUUAAAUUAUUAAAACUAAAUACUUUUUAAAAUAUUGCUAAUUCAUAUGCAAAUUUACAACAACUAAUAUUAAUUGUUACAAAAUUAAACUCUGACAACAUCAGUUCAAAGCAAAAGUAAUAAAAAGAAAAAAAUAUUUGCAGCAGAGUAAAAAUUAUAUAAACCCUGAUGUUUGCCUUAAAGAUACCGGUUUUUAAAAUCUGUUGCCAUCCCUUGAGGACUAUUCGAGACAUGCAUAUUAAGCGAGUGGAAUUAUAUAAAAAAUGCUGUCACAUUUUGGGAGUUGAAGAGAGCGCUGAUCAAAAUACCAUCCGAAGAGCAUAUAUAGAUCUGGUGAAAAAGGUACAUCCCGAUUCUGGUAUGGCGGAGGCAUCUCAGGAACGUUUUCAGGAAGUGGAUGAGGCUUUCAAAUUACUACAGGAGAAAUUUGCCAAAAAUCGUCGUGGCAUCUAUGAAGAUGAAGAAGAAGAGGUACCCGAUAUACGCCAUACAGCCCCCCAGCAUAGGCAAUACUUAAGUUUCGAUGGCAUGGGGGUGGGUAAUCCCUUUCAACGCCAAAAACAAUAUCAACAAAUAAAAGCCAUGAAGGCUCAGGAAAGAGUUUUAAAGCAUCGCAUUGACAAAUCUCAGGCGGGUGAAAAGACCAUAAUGAAAAAGGGUACCUUCUUUAAAAAUCAUGCCAUAAAAACGAAAUAUGGUUUUGAUCGUUUGGUAGAGGACUACAUACAAGAAGCCAUGUCCAAGGGAGAUUUUAAUAAUCUACGCGGUACUGGAAAACCUUUAACGCAUGCUCAACAACAAAAUCCCUACUUGGAUUUUACAACCCAUAAAUUGAAUAAAAUUUUAAUAGAUAAUGGUUUUACACCCGAAUGGAUUACCCUGCAACGGGAUAUACGUGAAGCCCUGGAGCAACUUAAAAAGAAUAUCACUGCAGAAAGAUGUUAUUUCGGUGAAUAUCCUUUAGUGGAAAUGGAGUUACAGAAAUGGCAAGAUUUGUUGCAGAAAUACGACUAUGAAGUACAACAAAUUAAUAAAAAUAUCGAUAAGUACAAUUUGAUAGUGCCCAUUUUGCAAAAUCAAUUUUUCCGUGUUAAUUUGCAAAAAAUUGCGGAGAAAAUAUUAAAAGAUCCGGAUAUACCCAGGAAUCAGAAGAGGCCUCAAAUGGCGGUUGAUAAUCCAAGAUCUUCUGCAGAACAAGGCAAAUCAGAUUUGUUAUCGUUUUUAGGUUCUUGGUUUUAGUUGUUCAAUUAUAAUUAAAAAUGUUCAAGUUUAGUUUUAUUCUUCAUUUGUGAUAUGUUUAUUUUUAUUUAGAAAAAUAAAUAUUUUUGGUUAGUUUUAUUACUUUU